AUGAUACCAAAUAGACUGGCGAGAAUAGCCAGAAGGAGUACACUUUGGUCUUCAUCACCAUUAUCAACAACAGGUGUCUAUCCAUCAUCAUAUUUACAGGUGCACGCAUUUUCUUCGAUAUCAUAUCAACAGCAACACCAACAACAGAAUCAACAAAGUCAGCAGCAACAACAAAGACAAUCUACAUCAAAUGUACGCAGCCUACUAUAUGCAUUCUCCCUUGGUUCAUUAUUUGGCUGGAAGUACAGCCAUGACGAACAAUUGGAAGCGCUGCCAGAGCGUAGGAAGAACAAACAACCAAUAGUAGACUUUGACGGCGCGUUGGAAUGGUACCAGACCUAUUACAUAUUGCCAGAUCAAGACAACUUUGUCCAAGCCAUCGCCCUCCUCAUUGGCAAGGAGUCACACAACUAUCUAAAGCAACAACUUACAGCACCAUCAUCGUCCAAGUCGGGUGGCGACAACCACAAUGUCAGGAUACAGACCAUUCAAUCAUUCUACUACUUCCCAAUGGUUGGCUUCAUGGCCGAGAUGUUCAGACAGAAUCCCACAAAGGUCAAGACAUGGUACGAUGCACUGAUGAGCCGAGAGGACAUUACUACCCCUUGGCGUGCGUCGUCUCUUGGCAGUCUCGACCCCUCCAUGUUGCUGGCACUCGCCGUCAGUAUGGCCGGGUCACAGGAGUGUCUUCAGAUACAAGAGGCCUACGUAAGAAACACACUGGGCAAGGGUGCCAGCGACGAGCGAGUCAAGCAAGGUGUGGAUUCAUUGCGCAGGUGGUCAGAGAUGCAGAGUGAUCAACUACCCACCUACCCUCUGAUAAGGAUUGGCGAGUACUUUUGCACGGGCAAGGAGAGCAUCAUCGAGGACAUUGCAAGCACAUGGAGAACAUCACUACAACAUACAAAUGACAACAACCAACAGCAACAGAAUAGAGAUAUGAUCAUUAAUGAACUCAACCAUGCGAUUAAGCUAUUGGCCAAGGAUGCCAAGGCAACCAAGAUACUACAAGAUGAACUGACCUAUCAUUUGACGAUCCAGAAGUCAUCCACUUCAUCGCUGUCGUCAACGGCAUCAACACAAUCAAAUAUUAAAUCACCUCAGCUACUGGCGGUUGCAACGACAACUACUCCAACAGGUGGCUAA